AUGAGCCAAUGGAAGGCGUUGGUGAAGGUGCUUGUGGUUUCAUCCUUCAGGCAGCCUCAUCAUACCAAACAAGCUGUGCUUCCACAAGGUGGUAAGACUUUGAAUCCGAGCGGAUAUGCAGCACACGGUCGAAUUUCCAGGCCAGCCCAUGGGUUGAGAGUGGAGCACCUUCAGCAAUUGGCGGCGCUGGGGCCCAUGGGCAGCUGGUAUUUUUGCGCAGCGUACACGGCUGCGUUGUGUUUUGCAGUCCCGGCCACGCCGCUCACAUUGUCAGCAGGAUACUUGUUUGGUUUCCAGUUGGGUUUCCUGAUUGCCAUCUUGGCGGGAGGAGUUGCUGGAGGUUUAUGCUUUGUUCUCUCGCGGACGCUAUUGCGGCCUUCUUUGAUCCGCCUGGCUGCAAAUAAUAAGGCAUUUCACCAGAUCAACCGCGCUGUGGAGCUUGAAGGCUUCAAGAUCAUAUUUCUCUUGCGACUCUCCCCACUCAUCCCAUUCUCUAUAUUGGCAUACGCAUGUGGACUCAGCAAAGUCUCAUGCCCGGCAUUUCUAAUUGCCAACUUGCUUGGCUUCAUGCCUUGCACAGCAGCGCUUGUUUAUGCUGCCACACACGCCCGGAGUGUGGUGGAAUCUGGUGGAGCCCUACCUUUGCCAACUUAUAUAGCAGCAGCACUUGCAACGUUGAUUAUCAUCCUCCUGGUUUCAAAAGUUGCGAAGCGUGCAUUAGAGACAGCCAGAGACAAAGGGCCCUAUAUACUUGAAGAACAUAUUGUUUCUAGUGGUCUUGAAAAGCGUCCACACCACCUUUUAUUCUAUUGUGAUUUCGAGGCAGCCAUUUGGCUUCAGUGUUGUGCAGAUGUUUCCAUUCAGAGGCGUUUGCGUCGAGGUUGGAAAUCACACCCGCCAGAGGACUGCAGUAGCUUUUCUUUGAAGAUGUGCCCUGAACGUCCCUUGGAG